UAAACUAGCAGUACUUAACACAAAAACUCGAAUAAUAAGCUAGCAGGGUAGAGGAAGAGGAAGCAUUUUUCCCUCUGCUGAGCGGUAGGGGUCCUCUUCCUGACAUUUUUCUACACUGCAUGCUGUGCCUCGCUUCGUCACUUCAAUGAGGAAACAAGGCUGCGAGAUAGAAGCCAAGUCCCUCACCUACACCAUCCACAAUUGCAAUCCAAGCCAGCACUUGUUCAAAAAAAUAUGGAGCAGCGAAGAAACUGUGGAUUCCGAGAUUCCCACCCCGCAGCCGCCCGUCGUUCGUCAUGUCCUCAACAACGUUACCUGCCGCGCCAAGCCCUGGGAGAUCCUCGCUGUCGUCGGACCAAGCGGUGCUGGCAAAUCCACCCUUCUCGAGCUCCUCGCCGGCCGCCUCCCACUUCCCCCACCCCCUGCCACCAUCCUCGUCGACGACCUCCCCCUUUCCAAGCGCUCCUUUCGCCGCAUUUCAGCCUUCGUUCCCCAAAAAGAUUGCCUUUUUCCACUUCUUACCGUUCGCGAGACCCUCGCAUUUACCGCCCGCUUACGCCUCGGUCUCCCCACCACUGCCAUCCACACCCGCGUGGAAACUCUCCUAGCCGAGCUCGGUCUCGCCCAUGUCGCUUCCUUACGCGUUAGCUCCAUAUCCGGCGGUGAGCGUCGCCGCGUUUCUAUCGCCGUCGAGGCUGUGCACGAUCCGGCUGUCCUGAUCCUUGACGAACCUACGUCAGGGCUAGACUCCAGCUCGGCAUUGCAGAUCGUCGACAUGCUCCGCUCCAUGGCGGAGUCAGGAGGGCGAACCAUCAUUCUCAGUAUUCACCAGCCCUGCUGGCGCAUCGUGAAGCUCUUCGGCUCUCUCCUCCUCCUCUCUGACGGCAGUGUCCUCCACCACGGCACCAUCGCCGACCUCAUAUCCCGCCUCGCCGCCGCCGGCCACCCCUUACCGGCCCACACUAAUCCCGUUGAGUUCGCCAUCGAUUCCCUAGACUCUCUCUCCCAUCUCCAACGCAAUGAAAAAGCAAAUCAUCACUCUACCCUGCAGCAGCUCUUCCACAUCCAUAAGGUCGCAGAUAACCACAGUACCGAGUUGUUUAACAUUGAAUUUGACUACGCGAACAAUCCGUUUGUCGAAACAUCGAUACUCACUUUACGUUUCAUGAAGAACGUAUUCCGCACAAAGGAGCUCUUCACUUGUCGAACUUUUCAAAUGCUUCUGUCUGGCCUAGUGCUCGGCUCCAUCUUCUUUGAUCUAAAGUUUGACAUUGCCGGCGCGCGCGAUCGUGUCGGGCUGUUUGCUUUCAUCCUCACAUUUCUUCUCUCCUGCACGACGGAAGCUCUGCCCAUAUUCUUAAAGGAGAGGGACAUUCUCAUGAAGGAGACAUCGGGCGGAGCUUACAGGGUCUCUUCUUACGUAAUAGCGAAUGGCCUCGUUUUCUUGCCAUUCCUUUUUAUCUUAGCAUUGCUUUUCGCCUCGCCAGUCUAUUGGCUAGCAGGUCUUGAUCGGAAUCCGUCAUCUUUCGCAUUUUUCCUUCUGCUUAUAUGGCUCAUCCUCUACACCGCAAACUCUGUGGUGGUCUGUUUCAGUUCCCUCGCACCAAACUUCAUAGUGGGAAACUCUGUCAUCGCCGGCGUGAUGGGGUCUUUCUUCCUCUUCUCCGGGUAUUUUAUAAGGAAGGAGGGGAUACCGGGUUGUUGGGUUUUCAUGAACUACUUGUCAUUGUUCAGGUAUCCAUUUGAAGCUUUUCUGGUAAACGAGUUUUCAGGGGAGGGAAAGUGUUUAGAGGAGAAAUUUGGAGUUUGUCUCUUGGAUGGAGAUACAGUGUUGAGAAAGGAGGGAUUGGGGGAGGUUAGCAGGUGGAAGGAUGUGAUAGUGAUGGUGGGUUUCAUAUUGGGUUACAGGUUUGGCUCCUACAUGAUACUUAGGAUCAGGAGCAAAUGCGCCAAGAAGGGGGGACUACAGGGGUCUUUCUUCGAUUUGUGAAGAGCUUCUAUUUCUUACUAUCUCUUGCUUUUCCGUUUUCUCUCUCUCGUCAUUAAGUGUUUAUGAUGAAUCUGAUCUAUAUUUUGUUUAUGAUGAAUCUGAACUUAAGGGAGAAUAUGAAUAUAUAACAUGGUA